CCCAGAGUUUUCAACUCUAUCCUGUUAACCCCACCCCAACCCCCACUCAACACCACCGAACGCAAAUCACCAAAUUCCAACACUCCGAUCUGUUAAUCUCCGCCGCCGAUGGCUUCAACGUUGGCUCAAAGAGCUGAACUCGCUAAGUUUUGUACUUCUCGUGACUGGUCCAAGGCUAUUCGCGUUCUCGAUUCUCUCCUUUCUCAAUCAUGCGUUAUUCAGGAUAUUUGUAACCGUGCGUACUGUUAUAGUCAAUUGGAGCUUCACAAACAUGUGAUUAAGGACUGUGAUAAGGCACUUAAGCUUGAUCCCACUCUUCUUCACGCUUAUAUCCUCAAAGGCCAUGCAUAUUCUGCAUUGGGAAGAAAAGAUGAUGCUGUAAUGGUGUGGGAACAAGGUUAUGAACAUGCUAUUCAUCAGUCUGCAGAUUUAAAGCAACUGCUUGAGCUGGAAGAGCUUUUGACAGCUGCAAAACAGAGUAUGGCUGAUGCUAAACAGUUAUCUGAAUGGUCUGUAUCAAAACCUGAGCCUAACAAUUCAGUCAGAACAAGUGAAACUUCUAAUAAUCAUACCAUGUCAAGUAUUGGUUAUGAACCUAUUGGUGAUUCAAGGGAGAUAGAAAGCAAGCAAAAUCAUGUCAGCUCCAAUGGAAAUCAUGAAAAGCAACAAAAUGGGACCUACACCAUAUCUGUUGACUUUGGUGCAAGAUCUAGUUCAAGUGACACUCGCAAAAAAUCUGAUCUGAGCACUAAAAUUUCAUUAGUUCCUAGUAAAUCGAGUGAUAAUGAUAAAUCUGACAUGAACAGUGAACAAAGUAAUGAUGCUAAGGGGAAUAAAAAGUUCUCUGUUACUAGAAUCUCAAAGGCCAAGUCAAUAAAUGUCGAUUUCCGCCUGUCACGUGGAAUUGCUCAGGUGAAUGAAGGGCAGUAUGCUCGUGCCAUAUCCAUCUUUGAUCAGAUAUUGAGAGAAGAUCCUACGUACCCUGAAGCACUAAUAGGAAGGGGAACAGCCUAUGCAUUUAAAAGAGAACUUGAUUCAGCUAUUGCUGAUUUUACAAAGGCAAUACAAUCAAAUCCAUCAGCUGGUGAGGCAUGGAAAAGGAGAGGGCAGGCUCGAGCUGCUUUAGGGGAAUCUGCUGAGGCGAUUGCAGAUUUGACCAAGUCCUUAGAAUUUGAGCCUGACUCAGCUGAUAUAUUGCAUGAAAGGGGAAUUGUCAACUUUAAGCUGAAGGAUUACUAUGCAGCCACUGAGGACCUGUCUGCAUGUGUAAAGCUUGAUAAAGAUAACAAAUCUGCUUACACAUACUUGGGUAUGGCAUUGUCAUCAGUUGGUGAACACAAAAAGGCUGAGGAAGCACACAUGAAAGCAAUUCAAAUUGAUCAAAAGUUUCUUGAGGCAUGGGGUCAUUUAGCCCAGCUUUAUCAAGACUUGGCAAAUUCAAAAAAAGCUUUGGAUUGCCUUCAACAUGUCUUGCAAAUUGAUGCAAGGUUUGCUAAAGGAUAUCACUUGCGUGGGCUUCUACUUCAUGCUAUGGGAGAUCACAGAAAUGCUAUCAAAGACUUAUCAAUUGGGCUUACCAUUGAGAGCUCAAACAUAGAGUGUCUCUAUCUACGGGCUUCUUGUCACCAUGCUAUUGGAGAAUACAAAGAAGCUGUAAAAGAUUAUGAUGCUGCUCUGGAUCUAGAGCUAGAUUCAAUGGACAAAUUUGUCCUUCAAUGCCUAGCCUUCUAUCAGAAAGAAAUUGCUUUAUAUACUUCUGCGAAAAUCAAUAGCGAAUUUUGCUGGUUUGAUAUAGAUGGCGACAUUGACCCUUUAUUUAAGGAAUACUGGUGCAAAAGAUUACACCCGAAAAACGUAUGUGAAAAAGUUUACAGACAACCCCCUUUAAGAAAAGCAAAGUUGAAAAAACAAGACUUUAAUUUUAAUAAACCAAAAAUCGCACUUCUCCUUGCUGCUGAUCGAAUUGGCAAAACAAUCCAGUAUAAUUGCCCAGGCUUCUUGCCUAAUAAACGCCAGCAUCGCAUGGCUGGCUUAGCUGCAAUUGAGAUUGCACAAAAGGUGUCUAAGGUUUGGCGUUCAUUGCAAUCUGAAUGGAGGUUUUCUACUAAUAAUAAAUCCAAAAAUGGAAAACGACCAAGAAGAAAAGAGAAAAUCAUUAUUCCUUGUAGCACUAAUAAUAAUUCAGAAGCAUCAACUUCAACUGCUUUGGAAGAAAAGUCAACAGGUCAAUCUGUUUUCUCAUGGCUUCAUCUUUAUUCAAUAGCUGUUAAAUGGAGACAAAUAUCUGAACCCUGUGACCCCGUUGUGUGGGUUAAUAAAUUAAGUGAGGAGUUUAAUUCUGGAUUUGGGUCCCACACGCCUCUUAUUCUCGGGCAAGCUAAAGUGACUCGCUACUAUCCACAUUUUCAAAGAACAUUAGAUGUUGCAAAGGCAAUCAUGAAGGAAAACGGGCAUGUGUUUAGCAAGGCAGAUGUCGCGAUUGAUUUAACAAAAAAUGGGAAGUUAAAAGAAAUUUUGAAAGCUGAGUCAUGCUCUGAUCUGUAUGAAGCUGUUGGUGAGGAUUUCUGGUUGGCUACUUGGUGUAACAGUACAGCUUUUGAGGGGAAACGACUUGAAGGAACGAGGAUCACUCUAGUUAAAAUGGGGGAAUGCGGAUUUGACUUUGCAAUACGAACACCAUGUACACCUGCUAGAUGGGAAGAUUUUGAUGCAGAAAUGACAGCAGCUUGGGAAGUAUUGUGUAACGUGUAUUGUGGUGAGACAUACGGGUCAAAUGACUUUGGUACCCUCGAAAAUGUGAGAGAAGCAAUCCUAAGGAUGACUUAUUACUGGUACAACUUCAUGCCACUUUCAAGAGGGUCUGCUGUUGUGGGUUUUACAGUGAUGCUUGGGUUGCUUCUGGCUGCUAACAUGGAGUUCACAGGGAACAUUCCGGAAGGUGUUCAAGUGGAUUGGGAUGCCAUUAUGAGUUUGAGCCCUAAUUCUUUCAUGGAAUUUGUAAAGAUCUGGUUGUAUCCAUCUUUCAAGCACUUAGCUCAUAUUCCACCUGAAAAAGGUGAUUAAUUGAUCCAAGAUAUGCGCAAGUGUUGGUGGUUAAGUUUGUAUUACUUUGUUUGUAGUUGUUGUAUGAUGUAUCCAUGUAUUUUAGGAAUGAAAAUUUUCUCUUCGGUUUACUCCAUUCGUAGGCUUCGUUGUUUUUUUUUGGGUGUAUACAAAUUAGUUUUUAGGAUCAACAUGUGUGAAAAUUUUAUGGUGCUUGUGUUCUUUUUAUC